AUGAAACUCGGACUAAGAUUCAAUGGCGUGCUAUUCAUCUCCUCGCCUCCCUCGCCAUGUACGAAGCCCAGAAUUGACGGCAAUUACCAGGGUCUUGCCCACCUCUCCGGCCCUGCACGGCCGUCGUUCAUCAAAACCCGCUUCCGCAUACCUUCGUACGAGUAA